ACAAAAAAAGAAAAAGAACCCAGCCAUGCCUUGGAAAAUUGGUAAGGAAGCUUGGUAUUUUCCCCUUCCUUUCUUGCUCUAGAACACACCUAGAACCCAGAAAUCUUCCCCCCCCUGCUGGAAAAGCCGGAUCUGCCCUGCUCUGCUUUGUCCUUCCGCCGGCUGCUCCUGCUUUGUGGGGGCGGAUUGCUUUGAUUUUCCGGUAAGAUCAGCCAUUAAUUCCUUUGUUCUUGCUUGAAUUGGCUUGGGUUAACUUUGAUUGCUCUUGUUCCUCCAAUUUUGGGUAGAUCCGUGAGUUUCUCCCCUGCACUGCCGCCGGCCUCUUCCCCCCUGCAGCUCCGGUUUCUACAGCUGGAGAAUUAUGAGAAAAUCCCGUGAGAUUAGCUUGUGUUUUGGCCAAUUGUGGAAGUGGAAUUACUGUUUACGUCGGGGUACUGUUCACGGAUACUGUUCACGACACUGUCCACAUAACACUGUUCACACCCCGAGGGCCAACAUUUAACGGGAAUUUAAAUGAUUAGUUUGUGAUAUGAGAACGAUUUUGGGGAUAUUUGAUCAUGUGGAGAUUUAUGGAAAUAGCAUUGUGAUUAGGAAUGAUCCUAAUGAUGAUUUCAGCUUGAAUGUGUGAUAGUCCGGUAUUAAUUCUGAGGUAUUUUGAUUAGGUUCCCGAUCGUUCUGUCAGUUAGUACGUGAAUUGAGUGCUCGGUUUUAUGCAAGUGAGGUAAGUAAAUUUAUGGUAAUGCCCGUACUGUUUUAAAAGCAUAUUUUGAUUUGUUUUUGAAGUGGUGGUGGGACUAAACCCGUUUUACACGAGUAUAACUGAUUUGAAAUGAUAUUUUUAUGCUUUUCAUGAAAUUGAGCAUGCCUACUUGAAAUUUGAGUGACUGUCCUGAUGAUCUGAAAGUGAUUGUGAAUCGUGAUUUUCCUGUUAACUUUUGCCUGUUUUGUCUCCGAUGUGGUUAUGUU